GUGACUGCUGGCGACCCGUGGGACACCGUCGGGUGCCGCUCCCGCCCGACGCUCAGAUCCUCGCCGCCUCGCUUGCGUUCCGCAACCUUCUGCAGCACCGCGGCGUGCAGCACCCCAGCACCGCCCCGCCACGCUUGUGUGUGCAGUGUGGUGCAGCUGCACACACACGGCGCUGCCUCCUCACGCAGCCGCUGCCUCGCGGCCCGUACGAGAGUCAACACAGGCAGGUGAAGGCGCCGCCGAUCCCCGGCACCUGCGCAAACACCUCCACCACCGCCACGCCGCACACACCGCAGGGACGCCCUCGUGCCUCCUGCAGGCACCGUCCCGCCAUCUCUGCCCCGAGGACGUGUGCGCAGCUCGUCCCCGCCGCGCCCUGCCACGAAGAGCGUCUCCCCGCAGCCGGAGCUGUGCGGCGCCGCGCCUUCCUGAGUGACUCGCCACUGACAUUAAUGUGGUGAUUGCGGCGAUUAGCGAGUCACGUGACGGACGCUUGUUACGGCAGUGCGUAGUGCCAGCACGCCCCGCCCCACCCCGCCCUGAUCCAGGCCGCACCACACCACCCCGCGCCCCGGCCCGCCCCGCCCCGCACAGCAACAAGCGGCACCACUUUCUACGCCUGUGUAGGAUGACUGCUGCUCUGUGGCGGAGUGUGGAUGCUUGAGCGUGUGUGCGUGCGUGCGUGCGUGAGUGAGUGAGUGGCUCGAGGUCAGCCUUCCUCAUUACCGCCUGGCAGGGACACUCGAUAACAGCCGCGACCCUCGCCCAGCCGCGACGCGUCACGGCUCCCCGAUAAGCAGAGGCGACAGACGACAGACACUCAGGCAGCACUCAGCCCUGCCCCGCCCCUGCCGCUGCCUCUCCUGCCGACUGCAUCACCACCACCACCACCACAACAACCAACAACCACGAAAACAGAUCUUCCUGUCAAUAACGCGCAUUCACCACCACCACCACCACAACAACAACAACAACAACAAUAACAACAACCAAAAUAGCUCUUCCUGUCAAUAGCGCGCAUCCACCACCACCACCACCACCACCACCACCACUACUACCAGCAACCUCGUCAGUGGCAACAUUCCCCAUAGUGGAGUAGUGAGUUGUGAAUCGAGGCCCUCAGCACCGCCUCCACUCACAGCCUUCCCUCACUCGCCCGCCACCCCUCGCCUCCCACACACCGCCGCUCCUCCACACCCACACCUCCACCACCGCCGCCCUCUCCCCCGCCCUUGUGAUACCCAUGUUGUAAAGACAGUGAUUAAAGAAAGUGAGAUACUGAACCAGAGAAAAUUACUCCCAUCACAUCAUGUUCCGGAGUUCAGGAGCGAGGAUGCCGUCUAUCGGUGCGGGAAGCGUGGACAUUCGCUCCAUUUUCAGUAGCAUCCUUAAUGUGAUCAAGAGCCGCGCCAACCAGAUAUGCUCCGCCACUUGCGACGGCCUGGUGCUUCGUAUGCACUACAGAUGGACCUUCUGUCUGCUGCUCGGGGGCUUCCUCACGGUGUGGUAUUCAUGGUAUCACCGUGACGUGAUCACCUGCGUGUCGCACUUCAACGCGGAGACUCAGGUGCGGCUGGACUACAUCAACAUCUGCCUGUCCUACCCAUACCUGGAGGAAGAGGAGAAUGGGCCGCGCCGCUACAUUCUCUUCUACCGCUGGAUCUCCUGGUCCCUGCUGGUGCUGGCGGGCGUGUUCUACAUCCCGCGCAAGAUCUCCAAGAGUCUGGACAACGCGCGGUGCAAGAAGCUGCUGGAGGACCUAGCCAGCAACGCCAGCAGGUACGACCAGGUGGAGGAACAGCUGGUGGAGAGGGCGGCGCGGUACCUCAUCUUCAACCUCAAGACACACAACGGCCUCUACUGGAAGUACCUGGGCGUGAACGUGCUGGCCCUGGGCGUGGACCUGUUCGCCAUGCAGUACCUCGACUUCAUCCUGCAGGGCCGCUUCAUCGGAUACGGGUUCAACUCGUACCCGUUCUCCCGCGACCCUCGCACCUUCACGGACUACAUGUCGCAGACGUUCCCGCCGUUCGCCACCUGUGAGCUGACCAGAGUGAACCAGCUGACCAACAAGCGUACGGAGAAAUUCGGUUGCCACCUGACCAUCAUGGAGCUGUACGAGAAGGUGUUCCUGGUGCUGUGGCUGUGGCUCAUCUUGCUCACCUUCCUCACCUGCUGCUACCUCGUCUUCCUGGCGUGCAUGUGGCUGCCCUGCGUGCGCUGCUACCUCCUGCGCACCGCCAAGCCAGCGCACGGCAGCGACAAGGUGCGCAACGUCAUCCAGAAGGUCGCCGCCAACUGCAAGAUCGGAGACAUCUACCUGCUGUACCGCCUCAAGGGGCACCUCAGCCACGUGCGCUUCUACGAGCUCAUGAUGCGUCUGUCAGACCCCAGCCUGAGGAGCGCGCAGCCCCAGCCCGCGCCGGGGCCCACGCCGGAGGGCAAGGACAAGAUGCCGCCCAACAAGAUGCAGGACACGCUGAGGCGCCGCCCCGCCCCGCAGGACCAGCAGAUGCUCCCCGAGUACCUGCAGCAAUACCUGAACAACCCAGAGAUGAUGCAGCGCCACCCGCAGGCCCCGCACCCAGACCAACGGACGCCGCUGCUAAAGAAGGCCACUAGUAUCUUAAUUGAGUAGUUGACGCGGCGAAGGUGUUCCGUGCCCGCCUCCCGCCAGUGGUUAGUCAAGCCUAGGGGUGCUAGGAUGCUAGGAUGCCUGCAUGUCCUUCCUGCUGAGCUAAAGGACGCUGAGGUGAGCUUCGCGGCGCAGGCGGGUUCCUUUACUGCCAGGAGGGUGGACUGCACGCGCGCGCACACACACACACACACACACACACACACACACACACACACACACACACACACACACACACACACACACACACACACACACACACACACACACACACACACACACACACACACACACACACACACACACACACACACACACAUGGAACGAAGGGACCAAGUAAAGUACAACAUGAGAGACAGAGAGAGAGAAAAAACGCUCAACAACUAACCCCUCCCACACACACACACACACACACACACACACACACACACACACACACACACACACACACACACACACACACACACACACACUCUAAGGUGCCUUACUCCCGUGCGCUCACCUGUCUGGGAGGCUCCACAGGUGUUAGCCUCACCUGGGCCAGGGCAGCUCUGUAGGAGGCCCCACCGCGGCACCCAUCACACCACCUCAACAAAGUGCCCGCAAUUUCAUGAUCUCUGGGCUUCGUUGGCCCUUAAAUACCCUUCUAAAUAGUGACCGGGAGAGUAAAGAGGACCCAACCCAGCCUGCUUGUGUUAGGACAUAGAAAAGACAAUGGUAAAAGAAGGGGAAGGGUAGGAAUAAUGUUUGUGCUAAGGGAGUAAAACGAGGAUUAAAAAAUAGAAGGGGAAGAGAAAGAAAUGUCUAGUUUUGUGUUCAGAAAGUGAAAAAGAUGGAGGAAGGAAAGAAAUGAUCUAAGUAAACUUUGUGGAAGUGAAGAGAUGGAAGAAAAGUAAAGGGAAAAGGGAAAACACCGCGUAUUUGUGUUAAGAAAGUGAAGGUGGAAAUGAAACAAAAAAUGAAGAAAGGAAAAAAAUACAUGCAUUUGUUUUAAGAAAGAAAAAAGGAUAAAGCUCAAGAAAAUAAAUAAUAAAUGCAACUGAAAAAAAAAAAAAAAAAUACCCCACAAAGAUUACAGAAAAUAAUGAUCAAACAUAGAACGAAAGAAAACAUACAAUGCUAAGCCACAGUGCACGAUAUUACAUAAACAUACAGACAUACAGGAAGAAAAGAAGGAAGGACGAUUAACUGAAAAAAAAACACAUGAAAAAAAAAAAGAAAAAAAUCAUUAUACAUCGCAUCUUGCAAGUUAAUAAGUAGUAAAGAAAAAUGUAUGAAUGAGUGUUAUACAUAGAAAUAUUUAUUGAAGAAAAGCUAUUCUACUUUAAUCACCUACUACUACUACUACUACUACUACUACUGUUUCUACUCGACUACUACUACUACUACUACUACUACUUAUUUUACAUGACAAGGUUAAUACCAUGUGUGUGUGUGUGCGUGUGUGUGUGUUUCUCUCCCCGGCAUUAUGUUGAGUCAGUCCGAGUCAAUCAGCACGUCAGUCAGUCAGCACUCCACCAUCACACAAGUGCCAUUAAUGAAUAACUCUGCGUGUGUGUACGUACGUUCGUGUCCGUGUGCGUUCUUGCGGUUCUUUCGACUCCUUCACGUGGUACAGGAAGAACCGACAAGAACCGAUUUUUUUAUUAUUAUUAUUAUUAUUAUUAUUAUUAUUAUUUAUUUUUUUCAUGCCUUUUUCUUUUUUUUCUGUUUCAGUCAAUUAUGGAUGAACUCUUAUAUUUUUCGUUUCUUCAGUCAAUAUUGCGAACAUUUUUACUUAAUUUUGGUUCCAUUAACUUACUUUUUUUUUUUUUUACAUUCCUUGAGUCAGAACAUUCGAUAUCGUUACAUUCCACCAGUCAAUCCUGCUAAGAUUUUUGUCCCUUUGCUCAAAACAACACUUUUUUAAAUCAUUCCAUCACUGAAAACUACGAUAUAUUUAGUGUUAUCUUUUUAAACUAUUUAAACUAUCAGUAUCUUUACAUUCCUUAAAUAAAACUGAUAGUAGACAUUUUGAAUGAUAGAUAAACAGAUAAGUGGAAAUUUCCGCAAAAAAAAAAGAUAAAACGUACAUUUUUCAAACUCAUUAAUAAAUAUCUUGCUUUUCAACCUCUCGCAAUAGAAAAAGUGAGAAAUUCAUAAGAGAGAGAGACAAAUGAGACUGAAUCCUCUUGUAUAGUAUUUAAGGCUCUUUUAAUGCGUUCCAAACCCUGAUACACACACAAGGCAGAGCUUCUUGUACUCUCAUAGUUGUUACUGUUGUUGUUGCGGUGGUGGCGGUGGCGGUGAAUGACAGACAGACAGACACAUGAAAAAACUACAAAAAAAGGAAAAAAAAAAAACAGAAUCAAUGAGAGAGGAAAACAAAAGACAAGAGCAUUGAAAUGAGAUGAAGAAAAUGAAGACUAAACAUUCUCAAGUGCCUUACUCCUUCAUUCAUUCAUUCAUUCAUUCAUUAUGCUGUGAUUUAGGGUUAAGUGUCCCCUGCCCCCCCCUACACCCCCCAUCCUACACUGGGGUUUACGCUGAUGUUUGUAUAUUUUGUCCAAUUGUAAACCCUUCGCCAAAUAAUCACACUCUUUUUUUUUUUCUCUUUUCUUUUAAGUAUGUAUGUGUCGUCCUUAUUUUAUAUUUAAGUGGGCAGCAGCGCUUUUUUCUAAAUGUUUUUUUAAAGUGUUUUUCUGAUGUGGUCUUGAUGACAUUUUUUUGAUAAUACUGUGUACUUUGUAUGUUCUUGUAAUGAAUAAAGAUUUUUUUUAGGAUAC